CCCCACCCCCACCCCUAAUCCCCUCGAUCACUCCACCUUUCUUUUCUUCAUCGAUCUCACAAAGACUACAACGGUCGAACUCCCACAUAUCUAAUUAGAACCAUGAAGGUUUCGUUGUGCAAUGCUGUGUUUCUCUCAUUGCUUCUGCUUCUUCCUCUUGACAUCUCCGCAAGGCAUAUCGGUUUGCAACAUUCACGUCAUGGACAUCACCAUCAAACUCUCCAUGGAGCCACGGGGAAGCAAAGAGGAGCCGGAGGGGGAUCAGAUACGGUGCAAGUGGUUGGGUCAAGGCUACCAGACUGUUCGCAUGCUUGCGGAUCGUGUUCCCCAUGCAGACUGGUUAUGGUUAGCUUCGUAUGUGCAUCCAUCGCAGAGGCAGAAACAUGUCCCAUGGCUUAUAAGUGCAUGUGUAAAAACAAAUCUUAUCCUGUUCCUUAAACCCAUGUACCAUGUUGUUUCAAUCUAACGUACGUAGAGGAUUUUGUUUUGGUUUAUGUUCUUGUUUUCACAAUUUUCUUAAUGAUAAUUAAUGACGGUCACAGAGUUCU